GCCGGCGCGCCCCGCGGCUUCUCAGGGGAACCUGUCUCGCCGGCCGGGAGCAAGUGCUUCUUCCUGUGACGGCCUCGCGGUGCAGCCGACUUCUCCUUCCGCUCCCGCGGCUCCCUCCCGGCACGGCGAGGCCCGAGGGGACCGGCUGGAGCUGGGCCGUCGGGGCUCCCGGCGUAGCCAUGUCGCUGUGGGGGCAGCCGCUGAAGGCCUCGCUGCCCCCGGCUGUGCAGCCGCCCCCGACCGCGCCCUCGGGGCCUCCGAGCGGCGCCCCUCCAGCCGGCGCCACCCUCAACCGCCUGCCGGAGCCGCUGCUGCGGAGGCUCAGCGAGAGCUUGGACCGCGCGCCCGAGGGCCGAGGCUGGAGGCGGCUGGCCGAGCUGGCCGGCAGUCGGGGGCGCCUCCGGCUCAGUUGCCUGGACCUGGAGCAGUGUUCUCUGAAGGUGUUGGAGCCAGAGGGAAGCCCAAGUUUGUGUUUACUGAAACUGAUGGGUGAAAAAGGAUGUACAGUCACAGAACUGAAUGACUUCCUACAGGCUUUAGAACACACUGACGUUCUUCAGCUUCUCAACCCCCCAGGAUUAAAGAUCACUGUAAACCCAGAAUCAAAGUCAGUUUUGGCUGGACAGUUUGUAAAACUGUGUUGCCGGGCAACUGGACAUCCUUUUGUACAAUAUCAAUGGUUCAAAAUGAAUAAGGAGAUCCCAUAUGGAAAUUCAUCAGAACUUAUUUUUAACACAGUGCAUGUAAAAGAUGCAGGCUUUUAUGUCUGCCGAGUUAACAACAAUUCCACCUUUGAAUUUAGCCAGUGGUCACAGCUCGAUGUCUGUGAUGUGGCAGAAGUAACAGAAAGCCUACAGGGAAGUGUGGAUGGUAUCUCAGAAUCCAAGUUGCAAAUCUGUGUUGAACCAAGGUCCCAAAAGCUGGUGCCAGGCAGCAAAUUGGUUUUACAGUGUGUUGCUAUUGGAAGCCCUAUGCCUCACUACCAGUGGUUCAAAGAUGAAUCACCAUUAACACAUGAAACAAAAAAGCAUUACACGGUUCCAUAUGUGGAUCUAGAACAUGAAGGGACCUACUGGUGUCAUGUUUAUAAUGAUCGAGGCAGUCAAGACAGUAAGAAGGUAGAGAUCAUCAUAGGAAGAACAGAUGAGGCAGUGGAGUGUACCGAAGAUGAAUUAAAUAAUUUUGGGCAUCCUGAUAAUAAAGAACAAACAACUGGCCAGCCUUUGGCAAAGGACAAAGUUGCUCUUUUGAUAGGAAAUAUGAAUUAUUGGGAGCACCCCAAGCUUAAAGCUCCUUUGGUGGAUGUGUAUGAAUUGACCAACUUAUUAAGGCAACUAGAUUUCAAAGUUGUUUCAUUGUUGGAUCUUACCGAAUCUGAAAUGUGCAAUGCUGUGGAUGAAUUUUUACUACUUUUAGACAAAGGAGUAUAUGGGUUGUUAUAUUAUGCAGGGCAUGGUUAUGAAAACUUUGGGAACAGUUUUAUGGUUCCGGUUGAUGCUCCAAAUCCAUAUAGGUCCGAAAAUUGCCUGUGCGUACAAAACAUACUGAAAUUAAUGCAAGAAAAGGAAACCGGACUCAAUGUGUUCUUGCUGGAUAUGUGUCGGAAAAGAAAUGACUAUGAUGAUACCAUUCCAAUCUUGGAUGCACUGAAAGUCACUGCCAAUAUUGUGUUUGGAUAUGCCACGUGCCAAGGAGCAGAAGCUUUUGAAAUCCAGCAUUCUGGAUUGGCAAAUGGGAUUUUUAUGAAAUUUUUAAAAGAUAGAUUAUUAGAAGACAAGAAAAUUACUGUGUUACUGGAUGAAGUUGCAGAAGAUAUGGGGAAAUGUCACCUUACCAAGGGCAAACAAGCUCUAGAGAUUCGAAGCAGCUUGUCUGAAAAAAGAGCACUUACUGAUCCAAUCCAGGGGACAGCUUGCUCCGCAGAGUCCCUAGUACGGAAUCUACAGUGGGCCAAGGCGCAUGAACUUCCAGAAAGUAUGUGCCUUAAAUUUCAAUGUGGUGUUCAUAUUCAAUUAGGAUUUGCCGCAGAGUUCUCAAAUGUCAUGAUAAUCUACACAAGUAUAGUCCACAAACCACCUGAGAUAAUAAUGUGUGAUGCCUAUGUUACUGAUUUCCCUCUUGACCUAGACAUUGAUCCAAAACAUGCAAAUAAGGGGACUCCUGAAGAAACGGGCAGUUAUUUAGUGUCAAGAGAGCUCCCCAAGCAUUGCCUCUACACUAGACUCAGUUCACUCCAAAAAUUGAAGGAACAUCUGAUCUUCACAGUAUGUUUAUCGUAUCAGUAUUCGGGACUGGAAGACACUGUGGAGGAGAAGCAGGAAGUGAAUGUUGGGAAGCCUCUUAUUGCCAAGUUAGACAUGCAUCGAGGAUUGGGCAGGAAGACUUGCUUUCAAGCUUGUCGUGUGCCCGAUGAGCCUUAUCACAGCGCCACGCCUGCCUCAGGGGGAGCAGGGCAUUUUCACUCGUCUCAGGACUCGUUCCAUGACGUGUACCAUUCACAUCUGGCUAAUUCAGACAGUGACAUGCCACCAGACAGGUGUCACUGCAGCCGGACUCCACAUACCUUUGUUUCAAGUUACCCCACCCACCAUUACUCCUGCCAGUUUGGGAGAAGUAACGUGCCGGUAGAGACAACUGAUGAGCUGCCAUUCAGUUUUUCUGACAGGUUAAUGAUUUCUGAAAACUGACCUCACGUUUGUGAAAACUAGAGUAAUUACAGUACUUUCACGUGAAAUAUCACAUACUAUGAGGUGUGGUAGAAAGGCAAAGGUAUAUGUACAGAAAGAAAACUGGCAACAGGCUUUUAUAGUAGGCUUUCAGGAGUGUGAGGGACCACUUAUUUAAGCUGGGUGGCGGUGGUGGCAACACUUUUAAUCCCAGCACUCAGGAGUCAGGGGAGUGGAUCUCGGAGUGUGAGGCCAGCCUGGUCUACCAGACUGAGUUCCAGGACAGCCAGGGCUACUCAGAAACCCUGUCUUGAAAGAUCAAAAGAAAAAAAAAAAAAAAGAAGAAGAAGAAGAAGAAUUACAUUAUUUAACCAGACUGUCUCUUGCUUUUGUCUCAUUUUAAGACUUUGUGAAUUAAUUUGUUUUAGAAGAGUGAAGAAUGGGGCCUGUGAAUAUAGCUCAAUGGUACAAUGUUCAGCUAAUAUGUGGAAGGCCCUGGGUUUAAUCAUCAUUACUGGACGGGAAGAUAUUCAUCUUCCAGUAAUGAUGUAUAUGUAUGUGUAUAUGUAUGUGUACCAAAUAUUUUCAUUUUGACGACUCAGAAAAGCAGCAAGAAUGGCAUUACUAUAGAUUGAAUUAUAGUGUUGGCACCAAAAAAAGAACCCUUUCUUUUUUCAGAGUUCUCUUAUGUGUAUGUGUGGGGGCCUGAAUAUAUACGUGUUGUCAUGGAGACUAGAAGAGGGCAUCAGAUCCCCAGAACUAGAGUUAUAGACAGGUGCGAGCCACUCCCUGUGAAUGCUGGGAACUGAACCUGUGUCCUCUGCAAGAAUAGCAAGUGCUCACCGGCGGUGGUGGCACACACCUUUACUCCCAGCACUCGGGAAGCACAGGCCUGCCGAUCUCUGUAGCGUGGUCUACAGAUCGAGUUCCAGGACAGCCAAGGCUACAUGGAGAAACCCAGUUUCUAAAUAAAUAAAUAAAUAAAUAAAUAAUAGACUAGCAAGUGCUCUUAAUCACUAAGCCAUUGCUCCAGCCCCAGAAAGAAUCUUUUCAAUCACCAGGUUUAACAACUUCCUUUUAUCAAUGGGAAAAUAGAUCAAGGCAAACUGCCUUGUAUUGGAGCAGAACUGAAGUCUCAGUUCUAGGCUCAAAUUUCUAGUCCAGUGGUUUCCUACUCCACACUGCCUUCCCUGCAGGUUCUCAGAUAGGAAUUGUUUGUGUACAUAAGGAGAGAGGUGGGUGGGGAGAAAGAGCUGUUUGUAACCCUGAGAACUGCUUAUGAUUUUGUGAUUACAGGAUUUUGCUUCAAGUGUUAGUCAAGAGGCUUGUAUAUAAAUUUUAUGUGGAACAGACUGAAAUUUCUUGUUCAUAAGUUCAUGAAAAACAAGGAGGUGAUAAAAUGUUUGUGUUUAAAGCUACAGUAGAGGUUAAGAAUAGAGAUUAGACUGGAUAGUUCUGAUGGCUGCUGAAUUUUCCAAUCAUUGAAAGUGGCUCCUUGUUUCCUUGUUUAACUUCAAAAGCUACAGGAGAUAAUAGCCUUAUCAUUUCUCUUUGACCUACAAGCAGACUUAAAAGCAACUUGAAAUAACAAGAUAACUGGUAACAAAAAGAUUAGUAAUCACAAGAGUCCAGACAAAGAAAAUCCUUCAAGUAGAUGCCAUCACUGUUCAGUUCUGACAGACAUUGAAAUUAGCAUCACCUUUCUUUGCAAAAUCUUCCUAAAAUAGAAAACAUGUCCCACUGUUCUCUCAAGCCCAAAGCAUCACAGCAAAACUGCAAACCAGUAUCUGUUGUAUAUACAAACACCAAAUCAUUAAUAAAAUACUGCCAAACUGAAUCUAGCAAUACAUAAACCUUAUCAAGUAAGAUUUAUCCCAAGAACUCAAAGUUGGUUUAAUGUCCAAAAAUCAAUUAGGCUAAUAUGCAGUUGAGUUUUACUUUUCAUAGUAAUUGUGUUCUAGAAAGUCACUGUACACACCACCUUAGAUUUGACUUUACAAAAAUAAAAAUGAGCUGGGCGGUGGUGGCGCAUACCUUUAAUCCCAGCACUCGGGAGGCAGAGGCACGUGGAUCUCUGAGUUCGAGGCCAGCCUGGGCUACAGAGUGAAUUCCAGGAAAGGCACAAAGCUACACAGGGAAACCCUGUCUCUAAAAACCAAAUAAAUAAAUAGAAAUUUUAAAAAAUAAAUAAAAAUGAGGUUCAGAAGUAUUCAGUGAGGCUUCCCCACUAAGGGACCGUAGUUGGAAUUCACUUCCUGUCCAGCUUGCCCCAUAGCAUAACAUGCUGACCUGCUUUACCCCAUCCCCAUCCUUUUAUCAGCUGAAAGAGCUAAAGCAAGAAGACAGAGAAUUGUCCUGUUAGACCUCAGCUGGAAACUGAGUACUGGAUGGCUCCAAGUUUUCACUCGUCUACACCUUUUUGGGGGGUGGUUACAUCAAAUCAGUAAGGACACAAGUACAAGAUCGUGUGUGUCCAUCUGAUAAGUUUUAAAAAAAAAAGUCAAUAAAGCCUAACAUCUUUUUAUGAUAACUGAGCAUAAAGGAGGCCUUCAACCUGAAAAAAAUAUUUAAAGGUAAUAGAUUAAAUGCUGAAUUCGGAGCAGGAAUAAGGCAGUGUUUAAUGUAUUCCUGUAAUCCUAGCUGUUAGGAGGCUGAGGCAGGAUUAGUGUAAAGUUGAUGCCAACCUGAAAUACAUAGUAUCAAACCAGUCAGGAAUACAUAAGGAGUCUUUGUCUCAAAAAAAAAAUUUUUUUAAAGGAAAAGAAAAUAAGUAAAUACCAUAAGAUGUUCACUUGCGGUUCUGUUCAACAUUGUGCUUGAAGUUCUAACCAGGGCUUGAAAAAUAAAAGCCAUCUGUACUGGAAAAUCAGCAAGGGCAUAGAAUCACAUGCCAGCAGCUUUCGUUGGCAGACAUUGCACGGUGCUGGCAUUUCUACCAUCCUAAGGUCUCCUUUACAACUCGACCUUCACCUUCCCAUCCCGUGCAGUUCGGUGCCUGUGAUAAAACACCAUGGCCAAAGGCAGUUUGGGGAGGGAAGGUGGUAUUUCAGCUUACAACUCUCAGCUUAUCCUCCAUCACUGAGGGAAGUCACUAAUGCAGAAGCCAUGGGUGGGUGCUGCUUCCUGGCUUGCUCAGCCUGCUGCCUUACAGGAACCAGGGCCAGCAGCCCAGUGGUGGCACCGCCCACAGUGAGCUGGGCCCUCCCAUAUUAAUCAUAGUCAAGAAAACGCACCACAGGCCUUAUACGCCAAUCCGAUGGAGGCAUUUUCUCAAUGGGGGUUCCUCUUCCAAAAUGACUAGUUUGUGUCAAGCUAACAGAAAAACAGCCAGCACAUGGACAUUUCCCUCCUCGUCUUGGAAGCGUGUGACCUUUCAAGUCCUUGGCUUGAGCAUGAAGCAGCCAGGUAGCCUUGUCAGUAAGUCACAAAUUCUUGCCAAGUUCAACAAACUCAGUCACAUGGCAAGAGCUUAGGUAAUUCAUACGUACAUGGACACAAGUUUAACAUGAGAAUGAAAUCUGAGUAUCUUUUACUUUUGAGGGUUUUUCUUAAACAGCCUAAUAAAUUGUAAAUUGUU